AUGGCAAAUUCCAAACUAUACGUUGUGUUUUAUCGCCCUCGGGAGGGUAAUUAUCAAGAUUGGGCUUUAUACGUCGACGAUGACGACGUGCCGAUGAUCUUUGAAGUCAUUGGACAGCAUCCGAACUUCAAGCGCAACGUUGUGAAGGCCAAGGCUGCAAAGUCUAAGAGCUUUCUGGGCAAGGAAUACCUUGGAGUCAUCAGUAAAGCUGACGUUCAGAGAAUCGAAAACGUCGCGUUAACGAUUCCUGUGGACAACGAGACGGUGGAAUGGGACUGUCAGAAUUACGUGCUUGAUAUCCUUGAUAAGUUGGAAGAAGACUUUAUUCUGAAGGAGGACGAUGAAGAUUAUCGUGAAGCGCGAAGCGAUUCCAUUGGCUGA